AUGAUCGGAUCAAUAACUUCCCUCCUGCGUCCAUCUUCCAUCGCAUCAUCAUCGCGAUUCACCCUCCCUCUCUUCCCCAAACCACCCACAGCGUCGAUACAGCAAGUGAGGUAUAGAGGUCAAUUAGCACCGAAGAGGACGAAAUAUAAGAAAGCUGCGAAAGGUGCUCCAGGGACUCAAAUACCUAUUGGAGGCUCACUAAAAGGUACUACCCUGCAUCAUGGAACCUACGGUCUCCGAGCAUGUUCCUCCGUCCGAAUCUCCGCAGCUCAACUAUCAUCAUGUCAAAUGGCCGUCCGAAGAAAGAUCAAACCCGUUAAAGGUGCUCAGAUGUACCUGAGGGUAUUCCCAGAUAUCCCAGUAUGUGUGAAAGGUAACGAACAGCGUAUGGGUAAAGGAAAAGGGUCGUUCGAAUAUUGGAGUUGUAGAGUUAGUCCAGGGAAGGUUAUCAUGGAGAUUGGAGGUGGAGGGAUAAGGGAGGAAAUUGCCAAAGCUGCACUAAAACUCGCCCAAGCUCGUCUCCCUUUACAAACGGAAUUCAUCACUCUAUCCUCCUCCCCUCGACUCGGUAAGAUAUCGCACGAUAAUCUAGCCUCUCCGUCUUAUGCUCGACCUGUACCUAAUCCGAUAGUAGAGUUAGAUGUGAAAGAUGAAGGUAGAGCCAAGGAUGUUGUUCUAGGUAGAGAGGCAGAGGAAGUUGACGAGUUGAGUAGGAGGUUGGAUGGGGCCGUGUUGGAUGAUGUUAGACCUGCGGCUGGACAGGAGGUACGAGCGUAG